GUUUAUCUACUUCAAUUAAGUUGCGAUGUGGCUCAUAACAAGAGAAAGAAAGUCGUGAUACUGGUUUCUUCAUCCAGUGCUAAGUAUAUUAAUUAUCCUUUCCGCCAAUGAUACGCCGGCCUUCGUCCCCGGUUCUUCUAGUUGUGGGAACUGUCCUUACACUACUGUUCAUUUGGCGUUGGGCAUACAUCCCCAGCGGCCUACAUGUGGGCGCAAGUAGGCAGACACGGUUUUCGAGGGUGCACACCCAAGACAUCUAUAAUAGAACGCUAGGGUUCGAGAAGAUAUUUGUCGUGAGCUUACCCUCACGAACCGAUCGUCGCGAUGGCAUGAGCCUCGUGGCUGCGCUUAGCGAUAUCGAUUUUGAGUUUAUUGAUGGCGUGGAUGGUGCCUCUAUACCUGACAAGGCUUUGCCGGAAUAUUCCGCUAUCGGCCGCCUUGAUAAUCCGAGUAUUGGUGCUUGGCGUGGUCAUCUCAAUGCUAUUCAAGAGAUCGUGCGACGAAACUUGUCUUCGGCUUUAAUUCUUGAAGAUAACGCAGAUUGGGAUGUGAGGCUACGCGACCAACUACACAACUUUGCCUUAUCUUCGCAUGCCCUGACCCAGCCACUGGCUGAUGCGAUCAGCUCUAUAUACGCCGACUUCACCUAUCCUCGGAAUCCCGAGACAACAUUGACCUCUACACCUGAUUUAGCAUUUGAGAAUCUUCCGGUAACCAUACUACCCCAGAGCUCUCCUUACGGGGAUGAAUGGGAUGUUCUCUGGCUCGGCCAUUGUGGGAUGCAUUUCCCCUUCACCAGUGGCCAAACGAUACCGAAGGGACGAGUUGUGCAAACAGAUAAGACAGUACCUCAGCAGCAACAUCUCUGGACAGUGUCCGACACCAAUGAUUUGAAAUAUCAAUACCCAAAUCACACAAGGGUAACUCACCAUGCCCAAGAUGGCAUCUGCUCUUUAGGCUACGCUAUCAAUAGACGGUCAGCUCGGCAGCUUCUCUACGAAGCUGGCCUGAAACGUGUCACUGCCGCAUUUGAUAUCAUGCUGAGGUGGUUUUGCGAAGGAACUGGUACUCCAAACCGGGGAUAUCACAACUGUUUAACUACUCAGCCAUCUCUUUUUCAGAUCCACCUGCCAGAGGGUCCUAAGAAGCACAACAGCGAUAUCUCGGACCAUGGGGAAGGUCACCAAGAAAAGAAGACAGAAGUGAUAAGAUGGAGCGUAAAGAUGAAUGCAGAGGUGCUAAUAAACGAGGGAACGGACUUUGUAGAUCAGUACCCCGAUGUCGAUUGAUUUCUUUGCUAUUAAGAUUUGUAUCAUUAUCAUUUCUUAUUCAUCCUAUGUAUGACACCGUUGUUGAAUGAAAUUAACUGUGUUGAGACCUUAGGUUCGCUUAUGGCUUUUAUCUAGAGUGUUAUCUUAGCGCCGAGAUCAUCCCUAUGUGCUGAACAAUAAUUAAAGGGAGAAAGAAUGAAGAACCUUGUGACAUGAAUGUAGUAAUCAUUGCAUUCAAUCUGCUUUAGGCCUUAAAUUCAUGCAGACUGCUAGUUACGCUGAAAGCUAAUUUGACAGAUUGCCAGAGUUUUUCUAUGAGAGUUAAAUGCAGGAAAAGAACAUCUAUUGCCGGCAUUUGUCACCGAACCUAAAGUUUCGUAUAUAGUAAGGGUGCAAAUACUAGUGAGGUACUUGGCUUCUUCCAGUGUUAUAUGGUUAUUCACUUUUGGCUCAUCUUCUCUCUAAUCUGUCAUACACAAC